AUGGAUAUGAUGUCGUCGAGCGCUUUGGAUUUUCUAUUUUCACCUAUGGGUUCAUGGGGCAGCGUAGAGACAGAAUUGAAAGUUGGUAAGGACGGCGUGGAGGGAAACGUCGGGAAGCAAGGGAGGGAUGUACAUCUCAUGCUGCGGGCAGAACGGUCACUGCUAACUUGA